AUGUCUUUAGUUGAACCGGGUAAACAUUUCAUUGAUUUAACUGAUAAUUCUCAUUAUUCGAAGCAUACAAGAGUACAAGAUCUAAAAAAUAAAGAUGAUUGUAUUACGAAUAUUGAUCCAAAUUACAGUUAUUGUGAGCAAACAAUUGAAUAUGAUAGAGAAUAUGUAAAUGACAACAGUGAAUGCGAUAGUACCAUUAAUAAAAACGAAAAAAUAGUGCUUAGCCAUAAGAAUAUGAAUAAAGGCAAAGAGAAGAUGACACAAUCUGUAAUGCAUAAUACUAGAAAUCAUCGAGCAAAACAUGCAGGUUUAUCUUGGCACAUAUUAGAAAUAAAUAAAGGCUUUGAAAAAAACAUUGAAAAGCAUGCCGAUUGGUUACAAAUAAUUGAUCCAGAAUUAUCAAAAGAAUUCUUGAAAGAAUUUCGUGAUACAGUUAGCUUCAAUGAACUACAAGAAUUACCAUGUGCCGUAUGUUUAAAACUUAACAAUUAUAAACAUUAUAAGGAAAUUCCUAUAGAAAAUAUUGACUUAAAUCUACUUAAAGCUCCAAAUGAACUUAUUGCUUCAUCUUUCGAAAUUAACUUUUAUUACAAUGAUCCAUAUAUUGACAAUAUCAAUUCAAAUAUUUUACUUGAUCGAGCCGGAUUUAUUUACCCAUUAAAUUAUCAAAAUACAAAUAAUGAUAACCUUACAAAUAAUUCACUUGUUUUAUGA